GUAGACACUGGGACCGUACCGUCUGAAAUAGUGGGGGGGGGCAGUAGGGAGUUGAGAAUUUGAUUCAGCCCAGCUGCAUUCUGAAACGAGGGAGCUGGUUGGGUUCGAAUUGUAACGCUCGCUGCUCUAAAUAAGGGAGGGUCUGAGGCGAGACCCCGGGGCGUGACUGGAGGUAGUCCCCGCAGAGGUGAAUUGGGUGGGGUUACUAGGAUGUGUGCGGAUGGUACAUCUCAAACGGAAGUGAGGUGUCUCCUAGCUUCAGGACUUCCGGUGGAGGGCGGGGUGAGGCGCAGCUGGUUGUGGUGCUGGGAGCAGCAGCCUGGGGGGCUCCUGAAUCCUGGUCGUUGGGCUGGGGAGAUGUUCCGAACUGCAGUCAUGAUGGCUGCCAGCCUGGCUCUGACAUCGGUGGUAGUGGCUCACGCCUAUUACCUGAAGCACCAGUUCUACCCAACAGUGGUGUAUCUGACCAAAUCCAGCCCCAGCAUGGCAGUUCUCUACAUUCAGGCUUUUGUUUUGGUUUUCCUCCUGGGCAAAUUCAUGGGCAAAGUGUUUUUUGGCCAGCUCCGAGCAGCAGAAAUGGAGCACCUACUUGAGAGAUCAUGGUAUGCAGUCACAGAAACUUGCCUGGCCUUCACCGUCUUCAGGGAUGACUUCAGUCCCCGCUUUGUGGCCCUCUUCACCCUUCUCCUAUUCCUCAAGUGCUUCCACUGGCUCGCUGAGGAUCGGGUGGACUUUAUGGAGAGGAGUCCAAACAUCUCCUGGCUCUUUCAUUUCCGCAUAAUCUCUCUGAUGCUUUUGUUGGGCAUCCUGGAUUUCCUAUUUGUCAGCCAUGCCUACCACAGCAUCCUCACCCGGGGAGCCUCUGUCCAGCUGGUCUUUGGGUUUGAGUAUGCCAUCCUCAUGACCAUGGUGCUCACCAUCUUCAUAAAGUACAUUCUGCAUUCAGUCGACCUGCAGAGUGAGAAUCCAUGGGACAACAAGGCUGUCUACAUGCUGUACACGGAGCUCUUCACAGGCUUCAUUAAAGUGUUGCUGUACAUGGCCUUCAUGACAAUCAUGAUCAAAGUGCACACUUUCCCUCUCUUCGCUAUCCGGCCUAUGUACCUGGCAAUGAGGCAGUUCAAGAGAGCUGUGACUGAUGCCAUCAUGUCACGCCGUGCCAUUCGCAACAUGAACACUCUAUAUCCUGAUGCCACUCCAGAAGAGCUUCAAGCCAUGGAUAAUGUUUGUAUUAUCUGUCGGGAGGAGAUGGUGGUGGGCGCUAAACGCCUGCCAUGCAACCACAUAUUCCACACCAGCUGCCUGCGUUCAUGGUUCCAGCGGCAGCAGACCUGCCCCACCUGCCGCAUGGACGUCCUCCGUGCCUCCCUCCCGUCUCAGUCCCAGACGCCACCCGAGCAACAGGAGCAAGCACAGCAGCAGCAACAGCAGCCACCACCACACCAUACUCCACUGAUUCCCCAGCCCCCUAACUUCCCCCAAGGAAUCCUGCCCCCGUUUCCUCCUGGGAUGUUCCCCCUCUGGCCUCCCAUAGGUCCAUUUCCUCCAGUGCCUGGUGUCCAGCCACCCAACAAUGCAGAGAAUCCCUCUGCUGCUUCCGGUGCACCCUCCGCUUCAGGCAUUCAGACAACAGCGAGUACCUCAAGACCUGGUGGUGAUUCAGCAUCUGGAUCGGACACUGCCCCUGUGGGAACUGUGCCUGGCUUUCCCUUCCCUCCCCCGUGGAUGGGAAUGGCAUUGCCACCUCUAUUUGGCUUCCCUCCUAUGCCUGUGCCACCCGCCGGGUUUGCUGGGUUGACAGACGAAGAGCUCCGUGCCAUGGAAGGACAUGACCGGCAGCAUCUGGAAGCCAGGCUCCAGUGUCUGCAGAACAUUCACACACUCCUAGAUGCAGCCAUGUUACAGAUAAACCAGUAUCUCACUGUUCUGGCGACCAUUGGGUCACCCCGUCCUACGCAGCUGCCAAGCUCCUUAAACACUUCGACCUCCUCUCAAGAGACACCCACCAGAGAAUCCACCACUUUCAAUUCACCCGACAGUACCUCUUCCCCAGGGACCUCUCCAGCAGUGGAACCAGACUCAACAGGUCAAACAGAUGAUCCAUCUGGAUUGGUGGGUGCGGAGGGAUACACAGAGCCAGCUGGGCACAAGGAAGAAGAGGAGCAGCCUUUACCAGGGGAGCCUGACACAGCUGAGCUUCGCAGGCGCCGGCUUCAAAAACUGGAAUCCUCCUCUUCCCCUUCCCAUUGACACCCCUCCAACUCCCCUUCCUAAGUAUCUUGUCUUGCCUGGGUUACCGUUUGACACUGACUUUUUUUCUUUUGAAAAGCAGCGUGUGCGGUGGUGGUUGGGGAUACGACAAGAGAAAUGAGACUCUGCCAUCACUCUGUUAGGACGUUCUAACCUGCACCAAGUGUUGACUUGACAUGAGAAUGCUAGGGCCGCUGUGCUGGGGUUCAGAAUUGACUCUUUAAUCUGCCAUAGUUUCUAAUUUAAAAACCAACAAAAAC